UGUCAGCUGACCUUACUUCCUCCUUGAAUCGUUUUUUUUUUUUUCAUACCAGUAUUUAUUUUCGGGGGAAAAUAUAAAUAACAUGUCUGCUAAACCAACGUGUUUAAUAGUGGCCAGCGCUUCUCCUCAAGGGGUGUCAGCCAAAUCUUUUCUGCAGUGCUUCAGUCUUUGCAGCACAGCUUUUAAUCUACAGACUGCAACACCAGGGGGGAAGGCGAUAGACUUUGUGGGAGUUGACGAAAGCACAGCCAGAUGGGUUCAGGAUUUUAACAUAAAAUCCUACGCCACACCAGCCAAACUGGAAUCUAUAGAUGGUGCCAGAUACCAGGCACUGCUCAUCCCAGACUGCCCUGGAGCGCCAAACGACCUGGCACACAGCGGCUCCAUGCACCGAAUCCUCACACAGUUCAUCUCCCAGCAAAAGCCUGUGUGUGCUAUUGGACAGGGAGUGUCAGCUCUGUGCUGUGCCACCGAGGGCCAGAAGUGGAUUUUCAGUGGUUACAGCUUAACAGGGCCGUCUGUGUUUGAACUGGUUCGUCAGCCCGACUUUGCCAACCUUCCCCUUAUUGUGGAAGAUUUUGUGAAAGACAGCGGUGGAUCAUAUACAGCAAGUCAAGAAGACUCCGUGCACGUGGUUGUGGACAGACACAUAAUAACCGGACAGAAUCUGCAGUCGACGUCACUGGCUGUGAAUAAUCUCAUCCUCCUUUGUAAUGCCAAAUAAAGGUCACCCUGUGCCUGGGUCUGUGUCGGUAAACAAGUAGUUAUCUAGAACAAAUCACUGGAAAG